AUGAUCCACGCCAGCACACAUAGGGUGCUGUUAGUAACAGGUGACCCCUCUGGGCCAAAGUCACCUCAAGCCAGAACACACAGCCUGGCCAUCAGGGCAAAGGUUGACUUUCAGUCCCUCCCUGCCCCCUUGACCAGGCAUGUCUGUGCAGUGUACAACUGCACAACUGUAUGCGGCAGCCCUGGGGAUUUGGAUCACGUUUGUUCCCACCUCGGCAGAAAGGGAAGGCAUCCAGGUAGGGCUCGCCGGGCUGCAAGGAAGGCUCACGAACUGGCUCUCUCUCCUCUGCCUGCAGAGAUCCCCCAGUGUGCUGGCUGCAACCAGCAUAUCCUGGACAAGUUCAUCCUGAAGGUCCUGGACAGACACUGGCACAGCUCCUGCCUCAAGUGUGCAGACUGCCAGAUGCAGCUGGCCGACAGGUGCUUCUCCAGGGCCGGGAGCGUCUACUGCAAGGAGGACUUCUUCAAGCGCUUUGGCACAAAAUGCACGGCCUGCCAGCAGGGCAUCCCCCCGACCCAGGUGGUGCGCAAGGCCCAGGACUUCGUCUACCACCUGCACUGCUUCGCCUGCAUCAUCUGCAGCCGGCAGCUGGCCACGGGGGACGAGUUCUACCUCAUGGAGGACGGGCGGCUGGUGUGCAAGGAGGACUACGAGACGGCCAAGCAGAACGACGACUCAGAGGCCGGAGCCAAGCGGCCCCGCACCACCAUCACCGCGAAGCAGCUGGAGACGCUGAAGAACGCGUACAAGAACUCGCCCAAGCCCGCGCGGCACGUCAGGGAGCAGCUCUCCUCCGAGACAGGCCUGGACAUGCGGGUGGUGCAGGUGUGGUUCCAGAACAGAAGGGCCAAGGAGAAGCGGCUGAAGAAGGACGCGGGGCGGCACCGCUGGGGGCAGUUCUACAAGAGCGUGAAGCGCAGCCGGGGCGGCAGCAAGCAGGAGAAGGAGAGCUCCGCGGAGGACUGUGGGGUUAGUGACAGUGAGCUGAGCUUCCGAGAGGAUCAAAUUCUCUCAGAACUUGGCCACACCAAUAGGAUUUAUGGCAACGUGGGGGACGUUACAGGCGGACAGUUAAUGAAUGGGAGCUUCUCCAUGGACGGGACAGGACAACCCUAUCAGGACUUGAGGGAUGGGAGCCCCUAUGGGAUCCCCCAGUCUCCAUCCUCCAUAUCGUCCUUGCCAUCCCACGCUCCCUUGCUCAAUGGGCUGGAUUACGCGGUGGACAGUAAUCUGGGCAUCAUCGCGCAUGCAGGGCAGGGAGUGAGCCAGACGCUGAGAGCCAUGGCCGGGGGACCCACCUCUGACAUCUCCACGGGGAGCAGUGUAGGCUACCCCGACUUUCCAACUAGCCCAGCCUCUUGGCUCGAUGAAAUGGAUCAUCCUCCUUUUUAAACGUCUCUCCUCCCCACCCUGCCUGUCCUCCUGGCUUGAGAGAAUAUCUUCAAGGAUCAAAAGAGACUUGCCUUUUAAGGAUCAAAAGAGCGCCACUGUGAAUUUCCAUUAUUUUCAAUGGAAGUCCUCCGCCGAGUCCUAGAAGGCUGCGAGACCACGCUAGGGCGCUGUUUUCUUGGGGUGGGAGAGCAGCCUUAUCCCAGAACGCGGCGCAGGGUGCGCAGCCCGGAGCUCUAGGGAUGCUGGCUUGCUGGCUGUCUCCCCUCCUGCCCUGCUUAGAGGCUUUGGCUGCUCAGUGCUUUGGUAGCACGAGGUGACUGUGACAGGCCCCCGGGGCCUUGGGGACUCUGCUCCAACUGGUGCGUCUCAUGCUGGUGCGUCUCACGCAAUGCCUCCCAAACCACCGUUGUCACCGGAACCGACACUCCUAAGGUAGAGGUGUCACGGGCCUUGGGUACAAUAAAAGUGAUUUUUGGACCA